GAAAUUCAAAUUCAAAUGAGACGAGAUGAAACGCAACGACAGCUUCUUCCGAGAAAGAAAGAAAGCACUCCAGUGCUUGAAAAGUCUUUGGUUCACACCAUCAUUUGAUGCUGUUGUCCUGGAAAUUAGAACUUGUGUUUCCUCUCCGCUCGGUACACUUUGUUUCGAACCAUACGCGCACUCUCGUUUAAUCCUUUGCUGCUCCCGAACCAAGCCAUGCCCAUCGCAGAGCUCUUUCUUGGGGCCUUUCUUCAAGUGCUGUUUGAUAGGUUGGCCUCUCGCGAGCUUCUCAACUUUGCGCGGCGCGAGGGUAUCGAUAAGCUGCUGAAGAAAUGGGGGCAGAGGCUGAUCAGGAUUGACCACGUGCUGGAUGAUGCAGAGGACAGGCAACUGAACGGCGAUCCAGAGGUGAAGUCGUGGCUCGAAGAUCUCAGGAACUUGGCCUACGACAUUGACGACUUGCUUGAUGAGUUCGCCACAAAAUCCGCGAAGAACGAGUCCAAGGCGGAACCCGGUUGUAGCAAGGUGCAAUCUCUUCUUCCGAAUUAUUGCUUCAGAUUUAGCCCCUGUGCAUUUAUGUUCGACUGCAAAAUGAGAUCCAAGAUCGAAGAGAUGGAUCGAAGAUUGCAGGAGAUCAUAACUCUUAAAGAUGAUCUGAGCCUGAGAGAGAAUAAUGGGCAACGAUCAGCAUACAGCCAAUUGGAUAGGCGGCCUCCCACUACGGAUGGGACCGAGCCUUGUUUUGUUAGUAGGGAGGAUGAAAAAAGGCAGAUCCUCCAAUGGCUGACCCGAAUCGAGGACAAUAGAACAUGUGUGGAUCCAGAAGUAAUUGCCAUCGUAGGGAUGGGGGUGUUGGGAAGACGGCUCUAGCUCAGCGAGUCUACCAUGAUGCUAGUCUCACCUAUGAUGAGAAAGCAUGGGCCUGCGUUUCCGAUAAUUUCGAUUUGCUUUCUAUUACAAAGAGUAUCCUGGAGAUGACGAACCGCCAUUUGUCCUGUGAAGGUAAAACCCUGAAUUGGCUUCAAGAUGAGCUCAAGAAAAACCUUUCGGGGAAGAAGUUUCUUGUCGUAUUAGACGAUAUUUGGAAUGAGAAUUAUGACAACUGGACAAUCCUCUUGAAGCCUUUUCAAUCUGGAGAGAAGGGAAGCAAGAUCAUUAUCACGACUCGUCACCUCGACAUUGCUUUAAUGGCCCGUGCUCGACCGAUAACUCUCGAAGUGCUAUCACCAGAUGCUUGUAUGACUUUGUUUGCAUUUCAUGCUCUUGGAGACCGAAAUUUCGAUGGUCGUACCGAUCUUGAAGUAUUAGGCCGGAAAAUAGUAGAAAAAUGCAAAGGUUUGCCAUUAGCCGUGAAGGCAUUGGCCGGGCUGCUACGCGCUAAAGUCAGUCCCCAUGAAUGGGAAGCUGUAUUGAACAGCAAGAUUUGGGAUCUACCAGAAGAAAGAAUUAACAUCCUUCCGGCUUUGAAACUUAGCUACCUCCAUCUCCCUUCCUAUUUGAGGAGAUGUUUCGCUUACUGUGCUAUAUUUCCCCAAGACUAUGAAAUCCAGCGAGACGAGUUGAUUCGCUGGUGGAUUGCAGAGGGCUUGGUUGAGGGAAAAGAAGGAAAGGACCGUUGGAAUGCAGGUUUGAAUUAUUUCGACGAGCUAGUAUCUAGAUCGUUAUUUCAAAAUUCGAGUAGCAGUGAAUUAAGAUUCUUGAUGCAUGAUCUUGUAAAUGACAUGGCAAAGCUAGUGGCGGGUGCAACCCAUUUUAGCUCAGGGGAGCUUGAGUUUGAGCAUGAUCCAAAAAAUUCAUCUUUAGCUCGUCACGCCUCAAUCAUUUCCGGUACUCGCAUUGUGCCGGAAACAUUCAAGAUAUAUCAUGGAAUGAAGGGACUUAGGAGCUUCGUAUCAUUAAGGAAGCCAUCUAGCGAUUUUUCCUUUUUGUCUCAGAAAGUGAUACGUGACUUGUUGCAAGAAUUGAAGUACUUGAGAUUGCUUUCAUUAAGUCACUACUGCAUCAGAGAGGUACCGGAUUGCAUUGGCAAAUUGAGGCACCUAAGGCACCUUAAUCUGUCGUAUACUAAUAUCAAAAUGCUUCCAAAGUCAAUUGUUGCAUUGUACAACCUAGAGGUUUUGAUGUUGCGGGGCUGUAAUGAGCUUAUCAAAUUACCCGAAGAUAUGGAGAAACUGAUCAAUCUGAGAUAUCUCGAUAUUACCGACACUCCGAGCCUAAUAGGGAUGCCACUGAAUAUAGGUAAUUUGGUGGGUCUUGAGAUGUUGUCGAAGUUUGUAGUGGGAACGGAAAAUGGCUCGAGAUUGAAGGAGUUAAAAAAUCUGGAGAACCUUAGAGGGGAAUUAUGCAUCUCUAAUUUGCAUAUGGUUCGAGAAGCCAGAGAUGCCACGGAUGCCAAUUUAUACACGAAGAAGGGAAUAUGCUGGUUAACCAUGCAAUGGUGUCAAGAUUUUGAGAAUUUCCGGGAUGAAGAGCUUGAAGCAAAGGUCCUUGACUUACUUCGCCCUCACCAAAACCUUGAAAUUCUCGAAAUAUUUUUUUAUGGUGGCCUAGAAUUCCCAUCAUGGUUAGGAAGUCCCCCACAUGUUAACAUAGUGCAUUUACGUUUACACGGGUGUCCUAGGGCCAAAACAUUACCAUCACUCGGGCAACUAUCUUUGCUGAAAGAAUUGUACAUCGAAGGUCUAAAUGCAAUAUGCAAGGUUGGAUCUGAAUUUUAUGGAACUAGAAGUCCUUUUAUGUCCUUAAUAACUCUGGAAUUCAAGCACAUGCCAUUAUGGGAGGACUGGUCUCAUUGGGUCGGCAUUGAAGAAGUAGGAGUUUUGUUCCCUCGUCUUGAGCAUCUCGUCAUACAGGAUUGCCCUAUGUUGAUCGGAAGAUUGCCUAGUCAACUAAGCUCCCUCGUAGAGCUUGAAAUCAACUCUUGUCCUCGUAUGGAUGCCUCGCCCUCUAUCACGAGCCUUCCAUCUCUUGAGAAAUUAAAGUUUGGAGGUUGUAAUGAGGGGGUGCUGAAGAGUUUGGUGAACUUGACAUCUCUAACCGCUCUUGUUAUAGAAGAUGUUGCUAACCUAACUUGCUUAAGUCAUGGGUUUACAAGCUCCUUGAUCAAACUGGAGGAGUUGGAGAUGAGAAGUUGUGAAAAGCUAUUGUACUUGUGGCAAGACAUAGAUGUAAUUGGGAAUCUCGCUUGCCUGAAGAGGUUAGUCGUCCGAAAUUGUUCGGAAUUCAUAUAUUUUGGGGCUGGAGAAGGAGAUAUAGAGCUGCCCAUCAAUCUCGAGACUAUCGUAUUGAUAAAUUGCAUCAAUUUAGAGAGGCUCCCAAGCAAAAUGCAUACCCUCUCCUCUCUUAUAAACUUGAUGGUUGGUAACUGUCCAAAACUCGUGUCUUUCCCCGAAACAGGUAUACCAACAUCGGUGAUAUCAUUAUAUGUUAAAGACUGCAAUAUGUUGCAAUCUUUACCCAGAGGAUUAAGUAUUCAUCCGGAUGAACCAAGCAGUGGCAACAGCAGCAAUAGCAAUAACCGCAUUGACAUGACGUCUUGUCUGCAAGAAUUAACAAUUGACGGAUGCAAUUCUCUACCAGCUUCUCUAUUCAGCGAGGGUAGUUUUUUACCUGCGACCCUCAAGACACUUAAGAUUUCUUACUGCAAUGGAGUGGAGUCGCUUGCGGAGAUAAAUGUAGACCGUCUUCAGUCGCUUCGAGAGAUUAGAAUUUGGAAUUGUGAGAAUUUGAGAAGUUUACCUCCGUGCCUGCACGGACUGUCCCAUCUCACUUCCUUGAUAUUGUUCGAGUGUCCUGCACUGGAGCUAGAGUGCUUCCCUCCUCUUCCUCUCAGCAUCUCGAGAUUUUCUCUUUAUAAUUGUCCGAAGAUAAAAUCGUUACCUAAUCAGUUGUAUCAACUUCCAUGUCUCCGUGAAUUCGAAAUUUCAGAGUGUGAGAGUAUUACGCGCUUCCCCCACGGAGGAUUGCCGCCCCAGCUACAGGAACUUGAAGUAACGGAAUGCGGGAAUAUGAAGCAGCCGGUGAGGGAGUGGCUUACCCCCCUCACCUCCCUUCAAUAUCUCCGCAUAGGAGGCGAUGCUGGAGGAGUGGGAGAGGAGAAGGAUCUUCGGCUUCCGCUCCCUUCCUCUCUGCUCCAUCUCUUUAUGCGGAACAUGGGGAAGGUGGAAAGACUGGCCAGCAGUCUCCCUCCCUCUCUCCGUAAGUUAUGGAUCGCUAAUUGCCCGAAGCUGAGGGAGUUGCCCCAGGAUGGCCUCCCUCCCUCCCUAGAAGAUCUCUGGAUCUCUGAAUGUGGGAUUCUGGUGGAGCGAUGCAAGAAAGGGAACGGCUGCUAUUGGCCCCUCAUCCGCGAAAUCCCGAUGGUCGCAUUGACCGGUGACCCAAUCCGGUCAAUUACUUAAAAGGAGGAUUCGGACUCGAAUGCUAUAAUAUGCGGGGAAG